GCGAUGCGCCGGGCGCUCCUGGCGCUGCUGCUCGGCACCGCCGCCCUCGGGGUCACCGCCGAACCCCACUGCCCCGUAACGGGAACCGCACCGCCACGGCGAGGGGGGGACACGGCCCCAAAGAGAGUGAAGCGCUUCGCAGCGGUGCAGCGCCACGUGGAGCUGCUGGUGGUGGCCGAUGCAGCCAUGGCACAGUUCCAUGGCACCGAGUUGCAGCCGUACCUCCUGACGGUGUUGGCUGCAGCUGCCAGGACCUUCCAGCACGGCAGCCUGGGUGCUGAGGUGCACCUGAAGGUGACGAGGCUCCUGGUUUUGGGACCCGGCGCCCCAGGGCCGCCCGUCACCUCCAACGCCGCCCAAACGCUGCGUGACUUCUGCCGGUGGCAGAAGGACCUCAAUGUCCCCGACGAGGACAGUCCCCUCCAUUUCGACGUCGCCGUCCUCUUCACCCGGCAGGACCUGUGUGGGGCGGCCACGUGCGACACGCUGGGGAUGGCUGACGUGGGCACCGCCUGCGACCCCGAGCGGAGCUGUGCCAUCGUGGAGGACGAUGGGCUGCAGUCGGCUUUCACAGUUGCACACGAGCUGGGCCACGUUCUCAGCAUGCCGCACGACGACUCGCAGCGCUGCGUGGAGCUCAACGGCCCCGCCGGCUCCUCGCGCCGCGUGAUGGCGCCGGUGCUGGGUUCGGUGCCGCCGGGCGAGAUGUGGUCCCCGUGCAGCGCCCGCUUCCUCACCGACUUCCUGGACGACGGCCACGGUCGCUGCCUUUCGGACAAACCCACCGAGUGGCUCCGGCUGCCGGCGGCGCUGCCCGGCGCGGUGUAUCCGGCGGAUCGGCAAUGCCAGCUGGCGUUCGGCCCCGAGUCGCGGCACUGCGGGGACGUGCGGCCGCCCUGCGCCGCUCUGUGGUGCAGCGGCCUCGUCGGAGGGAGAGCGGUUUGCCAAAGCAAGCAUUUCCCGUGGGCUGACGGCACGCCGUGCGCGCCGGGACGGGCGUGCGCCAGCGGGGAGUGCGUGGACACGGGCACCAUGGAGCGGCUGCGGAUCCCCGUGGACGGCGCCUGGGGGCCGUGGGCUCCGUGGAGCGCCUGUUCCCGCAGCUGCGGCGGCGGCGUCAGCUCCUCGCACCGCUUCUGCUCCCGGCCCGCGCCGCUCAACGGCGGCCGCUUCUGCCGCGGGGAGCGACUCCGCUUCCGCUCCUGCAAGGCGCAGGAUUGCCCCGGCCGCAGCGCCCCCGCCGCGUUCCGGGAGGAGCAAUGCGCAGCCUACAACCACCGCGUCGUUUCGGCGGCGCUGCCGGCGGUGGCCGAUUGGGAGCCUCGGUACGGCGGCGUGGCCGAGGAGGACCGCUGCAAACUGACGUGCCAGUCCCGCAGCCUGGGCGUUUACCACGUGCUGCGGCCGCGGGUCGCGGACGGGACGCCGUGCUCGGCGGAGGGCGGCGGCGUUUGCGUCAGGGGCCGCUGCGUCCCCACCGGCUGCGACCGCGUCAUCGGCUCCAAGAAGAAGUUCGACAAAUGCAUGCGGUGCGGCGGCGACGGCUCCGGCUGCACCAAGGUGUCCGGCUCCUUCGCCGCGCCCCGGUGAGCGCGCAGGGCGUGGGGGCACCCAUGGGUGCGCGGGGCCCCUCCGACCCCGCAGAAGCCCCCGUUGCUCCUUCCAGCCCCGCGUCUGCGCCCUCCUCACAACUCCCCACCCUCUCCAUCUCUUCUCCUGUCCC